AUGGAUGAUGAGCCAGUUAUGACUGAUGAGCCAGUUUUGAAUGAUGAACCAGUUUUGAAUGAUGAACCAGUUAUGAAUGAUGUACCUGUUAUGAAUGAUGUGCCAAUCAUAGAUGACCAAUAUGAUGAGCCAGUUAUGAAUAAUGAUCCAGUUGUAGAUGAUGAAUAUGAUUGUGAGGAUAGUGCAGAUGAAAAUGAUGUGGAGGUGAACAUGAUCAACUUCUGUAAUGUACUUGAUGAAGACAUUGACUUGGGCCAGCUUGAUCCGACAAACAAUAAUACUAAGGAACAUGAAGACAUUGAAGAUGAACCUUUAGAAGUCUUAGACAAUGAUAGCUUUGAGUCAUUUGCUAGUGAAAAAGAGCCUAGGAAGAAAUUGUUAAGGUCCAUUCUAAAACCAGUUGCUUGUUCAUCUGGUGAGGUUCACACUAAAGCUUUUAAGAUUGGUCAGACGUUCAAGGAAAAGGAAAAAAUAAGAGAAGUUAUUGCCAACUACUCUGUAAAAGAAAGGAGGGAUCUACAUUAUGUAAAGAAUGACAAGACAAGAGUUAGGGCAGAUGAGAAACAACUUUGGACUGUCAAAACAUACGAAGAUUCUCAUUCUUGUUUGCAAACAAGGACAGUGAGGGCUUGUUCAUCUAAGUUUCUAGCUGACAACAUAUUGCAUCAAGUUGAAAGUAACCCCAAGAUCCCUACACGUGCUUUACAAGAGGAGUUAGUACAGAGGUAUUCACUUUCAAUAUCAAAGAUGAUAGUAUUUCGGGCCAAAGCUAUGGCAAAACAAUAUGUUUAUGGUGAUUAUGAAAAGCAGUACGGUGUUUUGAGAGAAUAUGCCAUGGAAUUGAAGUCAAAGAAUCCAGGAACAACUGUGAAGAUAGAUGUCGAAACUGAACCCAAUGGUCCCUUUCGAGGACAAAUUCUUACUGCAGUUGGGCUUGAUUCAAACAAUGGCAUUUACCUAGUUGCAUAUGCCAUUGUAGAGACUGAAAAUAUUAACUCUUGGACAUGGUUUUUGGAACACUUGGGUGAUGACUUAGAUUUGAAUUCUUCAUCUAACUUCACUUUCAUUUCAAAUCGGCAAAAGGGAAUCUUGGCUGCAAUAGAGAAGUUAUUUCCAUCAGCUGAGCAAAGGUUUUGUUUAAGACAUGUGUAUGACAACAUGAAAUUGAAACACAAAGGAGAUGAAUUGAGGGAAGCAGUAUGGUGUUGUGGAAAAGUAUACAACAUACCAAAAUUUAAUAGGGCUAUGGAGAAACUGAAAAAGCUUAACCCAGAAGCACAUGAGUGGUUAAGUAAAAUUCCUGCAAAACACUGGGCAAGAUCCCAUUUCUCUGGAAGGGCAUUGACUGAUAGUUUAACAAAUAACUUGUGUGAGGUAUUUAACUCCAAGCUAGAUGAGGCAAGGGACAAGCCUAUAAUCACUUGUUUGGAAUAUAUUAGAGAAUACCUCACAAAGAGAAUAGUAAAUGUUCAUAAGGUGCUAGACAAAUGCAAAGGUUCUCUAAGUACAACUGCAACAACAAUCUUAGAAAACAAUAAGACAGAGGCAAGUAAGAUGAGGGUUCUAUUUAAUGGAGCUGAUAAAUAUCAAGUGACUGGUCUAUGGAUGGAGCAGUAUGUUGUGAAUUUGAAAGAGAGGAGUUGCACUUGCAGGAAAUGGGACAUUACAGGUAUUCCAUGCCAGCAUGCUAUUGCUGCAAUGUAUGAUAAGAUGCAGAAUGGGUCAGAAUGUGGAGAUCCUAAGGCUUGGGUGAGCAAAUGUUACUGGCUCAGUACAUGGAAUGCUAUGUACCAACACACAAUUGACCCAAUAAAUGGAAGGAGCAUGUGGCCUAGAUCUGAUUGUCCAACAACCCUUCUCCCACCCAAACAUCACAAACAGGUUGGUAGGCCAAAGAAAAAAAGGAAGAUGGCAGUUGAUGAGCCAACUCAAAGUACCAAGUUAAGUAGGAAACACUUGACAGUCACUUGUAGCAAAUGCCACAACAAAGGUCACAAUGCUAGGACUUGCAAGGGGCAGAGGUCCUAG